CGCACACAUGGUCAUGAAGUGGACGGUACCUCCUAGGCUCCGAUCCUUCCAAAUUUUGACCGGUGUUCGCCGCCCUAAUCCUCUGAGUCCCCAACCAGCGCGGACUGCAGUGCGCCAGUGCUUCUACUCGCUGGUCUUCCUAUUUCAGGUAAGUUUUAUUUUUGUUUCAGUUUUAUUUUGGUUAAAAAAAAUUAUAUCAGCAUUAUCUCCAAAACUUUGACGAUUUUCUUCUAUGAAUUCAGAAAUCUACUACCUGGUUUUUGAAUUCGAUUUCGCAUUGCGCCAGUGCCUCUGCUCGCUUAAUUGCUAGAUUUCUCAAAUUGUGGUUUUUAAAUCAUCAUUGGUUUCUCUAUUAUAACUUUCAGUUUCUUUUUAACUUUCAUUUUUCCUCGGCACUUCAACUUUAGAAACACAAAAGUGAUAUCUCUUGCGAUGCCUAUUACAAUCGAUUUUAUUAUCUCAUGUUCUUAUGUUUUGUAUAUUUUGUUCAUAUGAUGUGCCAUUUUGAAGCAAAUUGAUGGUAGUACUUUUUAGAUAUUUAUCAAAAUACAAUACGGCCCAUGAUAGUUUAUAUCGUUUGUUUUCAUUGCAUCAAUGGAUGGUAUAGCAUUUUUUGCAAUGUAAUCAAAAUUGAAUGCAAAGAUUUAUUAAAAAAAGGUAUAAACUUCAUUAUCUCACUAAAGAGUACGUAUUUGUUUGUCUUUAUAUCGUUCAUGUGAAAGGACUCAGAGCCGAUUCUUGGUGUACUCCAAUAGUAAUAGCGAACUCUGCACUCCUCCAUACAGUAGUACAAACGAUACUGAUGUACUUACGUGAAAUGCCUUUUCUUGUUAAGGCCCACCAAAAGACUUCUCGAGGUACCUAUCAUAUGUCUUUUCUAAGUCAAUGAAAUCAGAAAAACUUUGUACAGAGAAAUCCGUUGUCUUUGGGAAUCGAACCCAGGACAACGUGGUUAAAAGCCAUGUGCUCUACCAGCUGAGCUAAGACUGCACUCUCAAUAAAUCAAUAAAGUAGGAUAUUCAAGAAAACAAAAAGUGUUCCAUGGACAUAGAAUUACCUGUUGUUCAAUGAACCUUGAAUUGAAAUAGAAAUAAAGAAAGUCUUCAUCAAAAACUGAAAACACACAGGUGACAAUUCAUUUGACAAAAGUAGGAUUAGUACACAAUCUCUCAUUUGUUGUGUGGAUGAUCUUUUUUCAGCUUAUUAGAUGAUCUUUUUGAGGAUAUUUACCUAUAAAAUAUGUUUUACACUAAAAUUUACAGACAUCUAUCAAAUUCAAAUAUAUUUUCAAAUAAUCAGUUCAAGAUAAAAAAAAAUAAAGGACAUCUAUAGCGUGAAAAAGUACCAAGACAUUACUUUUCAAAUAGUCACACCCUUGUUUCGCUGGACUAAAUGGGCUUGCAAGAGGUGGGAAUGAAGAACACCACCAACAACACAUGAUUCAAUGUAGCCAUUAAAUACAAUUUGGAAUUUCGCUGGACUAAAUGGGCUUGCAAGAGGUGGGAAUGAAGAACACCACCACUAACAACACAUGAUUCAAUAGCUGAUAAAACAUCCAUGGCUGAUUAAAUUUACAUUGUAAAAUGAAAGGCCUAAAGACAGGCCAUUUUUUGCCUUAAAUAUGAUGUCCUUUAAUGUAGCUGUGUCACUAAUGUUGUAUUUGGCUUUUUCUCUCCAGCCUCGUGCAAUUGCAUUGAAACACUACUGCCAUUAAUUUCUUUUGGUAACGUGGUCCAUUUAUUUGUUUAUUUUAUUUAUUUAUUUAUUUAUUUAUUUAUUUAUUAAACACAAUAAUAGUUUAUAUAGCAAUUGGCCACCUAAAUUGCUACAGUUUUCCUGCCCAAAGGUUGUUGCACUAUUGCGCUUAUAUAGAUAGAUAUAGAUAGACGUGAGCUGUGGAUUUUAUUUUCAUGUAUAGCCUUUCUUGUUAGAUGGCCCUGGUUGACGACUGAGCAUUUACAAGUUGCUGCUUGCUUCACUUCUAGUAACUCAGAGAUCAGAAAAUGUGUCGCUUAUUCUACCUCCAAUAUAAAAGAUACUUUUCAACCAACAUAUUAUCAACCAAUUCACAGAUAGCCUGCUUUGCCCGUUCUGGUCAAAUUGAUGAUGCUCGUAAAGUGUUUGAUCAACUUUCAAAGAAAAGCAUUGCUACAUGGAAUGCUAUGAUCUCAUGUUACUUCCAAAAUCACCAACCAAUUGAAGCUCAAAAGUUGUUUGACCAAAUGCCUAAAAGGAAUAUUGUGUCUUGGAAUGGGUUGAUUUCAGGAUACGUGAAAAAUAGAAUGGUAGAUGAGGCAAGAAAAGUGUUUGGAAGAAUGCCUGAAAGAAAUGUCGUGUCGUGGACAGCUCUUGUUAGAGGGUAUGUUGAGGAAGGGUUGAUAUAUGAGGCUGAAAGCCUUUUCUGGCAAAUGCCAGAAAAGAAUGUGGUGUCCUGGACAGUAAUGAUGGGAGGGUUGAUUCAUGAUGGGAGGAUUGAUGAAGCAAAAAGGCUGUAUGACAUGAUGCCAGUGAAGGAUGUGGUGUCAAUGACUAACAUGAUUGGUGGGUAUUGUCUAGCGGGGAGGGUAGACCAGGCACGUGAGAUCUUUGAUGGCAUGGAAGUAAAGAAUGUAGUUUCAUGGACAUCUAUGGUCACAGGAUAUGCUCAAAAUGACAGAGUAGACAUUGCCAGGAAGCUUUUUGAGGUCAUGCCUGAGAAGAAUGAGGUGUCGUGGACAUCUAUGCUUCUUGGAUACACUCAGAAUGGAAGAAUAGAAGAUGCUUGGAAGUUGUUCAAAGAGAUGCCUUUAAAACCAACAGCUGCUUGUAAUGCAAUAAUACUCGGUGUAGGACAGAAUGGGGAGAUUGAAAAGGCAAGGGUGGUAUUCGAUUCUACAAAAGAGAAGGAUGGCGGAACUUGGAGUGCUAUGAUCAAGGUUUAUGAAAGGAAAGGCUGUGAAUUGAAUGCACUCGGCUUAUUUCGUUUGAUGCAAAGUAAAGGUGUUCGUCCAAAUUUUCCUUCCUUAAUUAGCAUACUCUCUGUGUGUGCAAGUCUUGCAAGUGUUGAUUGUGGUAGAGAGGUACAUGCAUCAUUGAUCAGAUCCAACUUUGAUGAAGAUGUAUACGUCUCUUCGGUGUUGAUUACAAUGUAUUUUAAAUGUGGCGAUCUUGUCAGGGCAAGAAGAGUCUUUGACAGAUCAUCUUCCAAAGAUACCGUCAUGUGGAAUUCUAUGAUAACAGGUUAUGCUCAGAACGGUUUGGGAGAAGAAUCUGUUAAUUUUUUCAGAGAAAUGUGUUUGCAGGGAAUUGCGCCCGAUGUGGUUACUUUUGUGGGACUUCUGACUGCUUGCAGCUACACUGGAAAGGUGAAAGAAGCAGAAGAUAUAUUUGACUCCAUGAAGUCAGAGUACCGAGUAGAGCCAGAAACUGCACAUUAUGCUUGCAUGGUAGAUGUACUUGGUAGAGCUGGUCGCUUGACUGAGGCGAUGGGUUUGAUAGAAAAAAUGCCUGUGGUAGCCGAUGCAGUUAUAUGGGGUUCUUUGCUUAAUGCUUGUAAAAUGCACAUGAAUCUAGAUCUGGCUGAAGUUGCAGCAAAAGAGCUUCUACUUCUCGAGCCCCAAAAAUCAGGCCCUUAUGUCCUUCUCUCUAAUAUUUAUGCUACAAAGGGUAUGUGGGCCGAUGUUGCGAAAGUACGGGAAGACAUGAGGUCCAGGAAGUUGAGUAAGUCACCUGCUUGCAGCUGGCUUGAGGUGGAGAAGAAGGUGCAUAUGUUCACUGGUGGAGAGAACAAGCCCCACCCUGAACAUCAAAUGAUUACCAAAAUGUUGGAUAAAUUGGGUUCCAUGUUAAGAGAAUCUGGAUAUUGUCCCGAUGGUAGCUUUGUUCUUCAUGAUUUGGAAGAGGAGGAGAGGGCGCAGAGCUUGCGUUAUCACAGUGAGAGGUUGGCUGUGGCGUAUGGACUUCUUAAGCUGCCAGAAGGAGUGGCCAUAAGAGUUAUGAAAAAUCUUCGUGUUUGUGGGGAUUGCCAUUCUGCUAUAAAGCUAAUAGCUAAAGUCACAGGACGAGAGAUCAUUCUUAGAGAUGCCAAUAGAUUUCAUCACUUUAAAGAGGGCUCCUGUUCAUGCAGAGACUAUUGGUGACGUACAAAUGAACAUAAUAAUUGCAUAAUGCCAGUGGACUGGAAAAAGGCACGGAUCGUCAAAUCAAUCUCCCAGUUAAACGAAGGACAAGCCAUAUGUUAAAAUGGCCAAAGUUAACAGCGCGCAAACCUAGAUGGUCCCAAAUGGAAUUGCUGAAAUCAAGAGAGUAAUUUCAGAACUAAAGAUGAAGAUGAAUCUGUCUAUGAAGUUAUAUUGUGAUAAUAAGGUAGCAAUUAGUAUUGCUCAUCAUAAUCCUGUGCUACAUGAUCGUACUAAACAUAUUGAAGUGGACAGACACUUCAUAAAAGAGAAGAUUGAAGCUGGAAUCGUGUGUACACCAUUCAUAUCUACCAAAGAACAAACAGCUGAUAUCUUCACAAAGGAGUUGUUCAAACCAGUGUUUGAACUACUUAUAAGCAAGCUGGGAAUGUAUGAUAUAUACUUACCAUUUACCAACUUGAGGGGGAGUGUAGAAAAAUGUGACAUGUAUUUCUAUUUUUUAAUUAAUGUACGUAUGUAGCUGUAUGGAUAAGAGUUUAGAGCUGUUAGACCUCUUUAAUUAAGAGAUAAGCACGCAGUUAGAUAAGAUCCUAUAUUUUAGGAUCUGUGCAGGGAGUUUGUUAUUUGUAAUUUGUAUAUAUACUCCUGCCGGAUGGCUCAAUAAUAUUCAAGGAAGAUUAAUUCCUAAAACCUACAUUGUACAAAGUCAAACAAUGGAAUGGCUGAAGUUUAGCAAUGAUACUAUAAUAUAUUAAU